UGCUCGGGUUGGUGCUGUUCCCGGCCUUCGUCUUCCCGGAAUCGCCACUUCCAUCCAAAGUUUUCUGGUUUCUCCUCCGCCGUGAAAAUGGCCAAAACACCCUACUUCAUCCUUAUUCUCCUCCUCUCAUUCUCUAUUUUAUCCCCAUCCACCGCCGAGAUCAAGUCCCUCACCAUAAAUUCCGACACUCGACCUAUGAUUCUGUUUGAAAAAUUCGGCUUCACCCAUAAGGGUCACGUUUCCAUCGCCGUCUCCUCGGUCUCCGUCGCCGCUCUCUCCUCCGCGGCUCAACCGGAGUCUUCUAACCUCGGCUUCUUCCUUCUCAACGAAGAGAGCCUCGUCCAAGUUCUCAUCGAGAUCCAACAGAACCCCUCCUUCUGCGUCCUCGAUUCCCAGUACAUCUCCCGUCUCUUCACCUUCCGUGACCUUUCUCCCCCUCCUCUUGCGUCCUUCAAUCGAUCUUAUCCCGUUACUACUCCCAAUGAAUACAGCCUUUUCUUUGCCAAUUGCGCUCCCGAAACCGCUGUCUCCAUGGUCGUGCGCACUGAGGUCUAUAAUCUUGACUCGGACGGCUCUAAGGACUAUCUGUCUGCCGGACAAACCCAGCUCCCGGCUCUCUACUUUGUCUUCUCCCUCGCGUACUUUGCUUUCUUGGGAUUCUGGGCCUACGUUUGUUACACAAACAAGCGAUCCGUUCAUCGCAUCCACCUGUUGAUGGCCGGUUUGCUUGUCGUGAAGGCUUUGAAUCUGAUUUUCGCCGCCGAGGAUAAGCAUUACGUCAAGGUCACCGGAACACCUCAUGGGUGGGAUGUCUUGUUUUACAUAUUCCAGUUCAUUCGGGUGGUAUUGCUCUUCACGGUUAUCAUAUUGAUCGGGACGGGGUGGUCGUUUCUCAAACCUUUCCUGCAAGAGAGGGAGAAAAAAGUGCUGAUGAUUGUGAUCCCGCUUCAGGUAUUGGCUAAUGUGGCUUCUGUUGUGAUCGGUGAGACUGGGCCCUUCAUCAAGGAUUGGGUUACAUGGAAUCAGGUCUUCUUGCUCGUAGAUAUCAUAUGUUGCUGUGCUAUCAUUUUCCCCAUUGUAUGGUCUAUAAGAUCUCUGCGGGAAACGUCCAAGACCGAUGGCAAGGCCGCAAGGAACUUGGCUAAGUUGACACUUUUCAGGCAGUUUUAUAUUGUUGUCAUUGGGUAUUUAUAUUUCACACGCGUAGUAGUGUUUGCGCUGAGAACUAUUGCUGCAUACAAGUACCAGUGGGUUAGUCAGGCUGCCGAGGAGAUUGCGAGUCUUGCGUUUUACAUGGUGAUGUUCUACAUGUUUAGACCGGUGGAGAAGAAUGAGUACUUCGUCCUUGACGAGGAGGAAGAAGAGGCUGCAGAGAUGGCUCUUAAAGAUGAAGAAUUUGAGCUUUGAGCUGUGUGGUGAAAGAAUUAAGCUGGCCCUCCUUGUAGACCUGGCUCUAACAAAUGCAAUUUCUAUCAGGUUGCCCGCUGUCAUGGAUUCACUGACAUAUUUGUGGUGCAGGUCCGCUGCUGCAAUGCUGUUUAUCCGUUUUUCUUUUUCCCUCUAACCCUUGACUAUGAAAAAAAUACCGAUACUGGAAUACUGCCUAUAUGUUUAGCUAAUGGGAAGUUUUGUCACAAUGUAUUGUAUUUCUGCAUAUGAAACCCAUCGAACACUCAUGUUGAGUUCUAUGUCAUUCAAGAAAUUGUUGUGAGCUUACUAAUGACUGAGUAAUGCUCUACUUAUGAUUAGUCUGUGGAUUUUUGAUAUUAUUAUUACUUCUACUCAAGUGUUUCUGGUGCCGUGGGGCCAACAUUCUAUAA